ACUGGUUUGUUGGUAUGGGUGCGAAAUUUGGAAAAUUUUUGACGAAAAUUUUUCUUAAAAUAUCAUCGACGUUAAGAUAAAAUCAGCCAGAACAAUCACUGUGCUCACACAGCUCGAUCCGUUCAGACAACAAGACACAACCUAGCACCAUGGCCGAUGAGAAGAAGAAGGUUAAGAAGAAGAAGACCAAGGAAGAAGGUGGCGCUUCGGAAACCGCAUCCGAAACUGUCUCUGAGGCAGCAACCCCUGCCCCAGCUGCUACCCCAGCACCCGCCUCCACUACUGGCUCCAAGAGAGCUUCCGGUGGUAGCCGUGGCUCCAGAAAAUCUAAGCGCGCUGGUUCCUCCGUCUUCUCUGUUUUCUCCCAAAAACAAAUUGCUGAAUUCAAAGAAGCCUUCCAACUUAUGGAUGCUGACAAGGAUGGUAUCAUUGGCAAGAACGAUUUGCGUGCCGCUUUCGAUUCCGUAGGCAAAAUUGCUGCCGAUAAGGAAUUGGACGCUAUGUUGGGCGAAGCCUCUGGUCCCAUCAACUUCACCCAAUUGUUAACCUUGUUCGCCAACCGCAUGGCCAGCUCUGGUGCUAACGAUGAAGAUGAAGUUGUCAUUGCUGCUUUCAAAACAUUCGACAAUGAUGGUCUCAUCGAUGGUGACAAAUUCCGUGAAAUGCUCAUGAACUUCGGUGACAAAUUCACCAUGAAGGAAGUCGAUGAUGCUUUCGAUCAAAUGGUUAUCGAUGAUAAGAACCAAAUCGAUACCGCUGCUUUGAUCGCUAUGCUCACCGGUAAGGAGGAAGAAGAAGAAGGUGAAGAAGCCGCCUAAGAUGUUAAUUAACGUAUAGAAUUUUUAAUUUUUGUACACCCACCAUCACCACUUUUUUUUCACAUCUAUUAAGCACUUCUUACUUUUAACUUUUAACUCCAUAAGAAACAAAAUUGAAAAAAAAAAUUAUUAAAAAAACACCAAAAAAAAAUAUUAAAAAAAUUAAUAAAAAAUAA